AUGUCGAAAUUAUCGAAUGGCCUCAGGUCGCUGAUUAAUUCCCCCGCAGCGCGUCCGAACACCAUCCCUGCCCCUCCACAUAUCCAGUCAGUCUAUCGGAAGAUCCAGCAGGUGGCACAAUCAAAACAUCUCUUGGAGCCAUCAUGGCUAGCUCUCUCGACUGCCGCAACCAUGACGAUGAACUCGCCGGAGUCCCUCUUAUCCCUCUUCCAACUAGCAACUAAAUCCCAAACUCCCGCCGAAAGUGUCGCCACGGCCGAACUAAUGCGUGAGAUUGGUUUGAAAUGUAUCAGUUUCAACGGUAUUCCGCGCACAAUCAACUGCCUGAACGCCUUUAAAGCCGGCUUACCUACUUCGAUUAGCUCUCAGCUGUCGCAAACGCCAACGCGCGCCCCAUCUCCCGAAAACAUCACCGAGAUAAGCGCCCGCGGCCAAGCCCUGUGGGACUCCAUCUACCGUCCCUUCGAAGUGAAACUCUACGACAAAUUGGCGGAUUCACAUCCUGACCUCCCGGUCCACAUCCUCCACAACAACUACGGUGCCCUCUUGUCGAACCCGCAUCGUACGACAGGAGCGAACACCGGCCGCUUGGCGACAUCGAUCAUUGCGAUCGCGUGCCUGCGUGCGCAGACCGGCGUUGGCCCGCAGGUCAUAUCUCAUGUGUUUGGGCUACGGAAGGCGUUGGAAGAUGGAACGUGGGUCCAGGAUGUCGAGAGCGAAGAGAAUGCCCGAUGGCUGGCAAGCGAUGAUGGUAAUACCUGGAUUUUGAAUAGUGUGGAUGAGAUUGUGGAGGCCAUUGGACAGGGAUUGGGGUCAACUUUUGCACCUGCAAGAAACUCCAAGUUGUAA